UUAUAAUUUAUCAGAACCUCGCGGUCUUGUGGCUCUACCUUCAGCCUUCGCCAGUAAUAUCUGGUCGAAGACUAAGGUGGUGUUCGCAUGAAUUUGUGAAACUGUUUAGUUUUCCGUCGCGGUUUUUUUUUUCAACUUAAAUAGUGAUUGAUAUUUGAAUGGGGCGGAAUGUCAUCUUGAUAUUGGUCGUUGGAAAACUCCCAUAGAUAAACUGGAAAUGGCCACCAUCGUGGAAAACCUGACAGAUGGAGGCUCGAAGAAGGACAGAAUUCGACUGGCCAAAGAUAAAAGAGAGGAGAAAGAUAGGUGCAAAGCUGGGCGGGAGCGAGCUCUCUUGGAGAAGGAACAGCGCGCACAGCAGCAGUAUGAACGCUCUCUGGUGGAGCGAGGGAAGCGUCUGGAGGAGCAGCGGCAAAAGGAGAUGCUCCGUCGUUCCGCUGUGGAGGAGAAAAGGAGGCAGCGCAUAGAGGAGGAAAAGGAGCGACUGGAGGCCCUGAUGCGACGUUCCAUGGGGCGGAACCUGCUGGCAGACCAGAGGCCCAAACGCUGGACCUGGGGCGGACCUCCAGGAGUCUGCGAGGGUGAUCCUAAGAUUGCCCCGCCCUCUCCUGCUGCUUCAGCCUCCUUAGCCAAUGACCCCGCUGCUCACCCUCCUGCCAGCAAAUCCAGGAACGUUCAAGAUUUUACGAUUUCGCCCGAGUCCCCAGACUCUGUCUUGAGCAGGCAUCUCUCCUCCUCCUCCUCUACUUUGCCCAAUGUGACAGAGAAAGCCUCCUCCAGCCCUCACAGGUCUCCUUACAGGGCUUCACCCACUAGAGCCGAACGAAAGAAGGUUAGCACAUCAUUCUACGGACAGCUGGAUGACCCCAGAGCAGCCACAACCACGGAAAGCCCUCAGACUGAGAAACCCGAAAAGAGCAUCGCCCAAACCUUAUCUGACUCAUCUAUGAAAAAGCUUGAGUCUCCAACAACACCCACUCAAAGUUCUUUUACCCACAAGAACCCCAGCACACCGAAAAGAUCAAAGUCCUGUAAGAGCCACAUUCUGUCCCCAGCCACGGGUCAAUAUCCCACUUCCCCGAUGAGACACAGAGCCACAACGCCAUGUUUAGAGAACAAGAGGUGGGAAGGAGAGGAGAAAGGGUCCAUGGAGAGUAAAGGCUACAGCACUCUAGAGAGAAAGACCUCCAGAACAGAGAAAAUCACAAAAUCUACAAGCAAGGAAUUUGGACAUAAUGCAGAGUCUCCAGUAACUCCCACUGGGAAGGCAGGUACCACUGAUGCCGAGGAGGCCUCCAGGCUGCUGACGGAGAGACGGCGCCUGGCCAGAGUACAGAAGGAGCAGGAAGAAAAGCAACGGUUAGAAGAGGAAAGGCUCAGGGCUGAGGAGCUCCAGAGGCAGCAGGAAGAGGAGAGACAGCGGCAGGAACAGGCAGCUCGAGAGGCAGAGGAGAAAAGACAGAGGCAGGAGGAGGAGGUCUGUCAAAGAGAGCUGGAGGACAGGCACCAAAAGGAACAACGUUGGAAGGAGCUCCAGGAUGAAGUGGUCAGACAGAGGGAGGAAGCAGUGCAGCGCGUUCAUAGAGAGGCUGAACGGAAGAGACAGGAGCGAGAGCUUCUGAAAAUUCAAGAGGAGCAGGAGAGACUUCAAAGGAAGAAGCGUAUUGAGGAGAUUAUGAAAAGAACAAGAAAACCUGAUGGAGAAAAGAAAGAAGAGGUGCAGAUGGAAGUCCCAUCCCCCAUAUCUGUUUCCCAGUCCAUCUCACCGUCUCCCUUGGAAACUGAAGGUAACACAGCGAUUAUCAGUCCACCAAAGGCAACAUCUGAGUCUCCAAUCAUAUGCCUUGUGCCACUGGAGACAAAGAGCUGUGGGGCAGAUGAUCUCUCGGAUGGUGUCCAGUCCAUGGAUGUCAGCCCAGUGUCCAGAGACGAGCUUGUUCCAGAAUAUUCCCCCGUCAGUGAGAUCUCACACAACAGCAUGACUUCUGUGGCUUUGGGCGAUAUCCAUGUUCUGACCGGGCAGGUCUCGCAUCCCAAAAUGUCUGCUGCUCCAGCUUUUGGUGACUGCAACAAGAAUCUGAUCCAGGAUUGCAGUAGCACUGCUAUUGACUCAUCACUUUUCCAGCAUCUUAGACCCACCUCAGACAAGCUCAACAUCUAAU